UUUACUAACUCUGACCAGGAAAAAUGAAACGCGCUGACUACCCACCGUUACUAAAUAAGAUGUUUGGGUUUCUCUGUUUUAUAUUAUUUACUGCUGAUUAAAAACUCUUUUACGUGACGCGUUCAUGGUCAACGCGGAACCGUUUAGGUGUUCGUUUUUUUGUCCGGUCAUUAAAACCGUAUGCACAUUGUCCGUGGUUGUUGUAGCAACCGUUAGUUGCGUCACAACGUGAAGUUUUUGGCUCUGUUAACGAACGAGACACAAAACUAAGCUAUAGACUUCGCGAGUUUUUAAACAAACAAAUGAAUCAGCUGGUUUAUGUCAUUAGCCGCAAGAUAAACAGAUGCUAAAGUGUUCGUUUAAAGUUAGCACAUUUAGCUACAUGCUAGCCUAGCUUACUGAGUGGUUUCCGUCGCAGUAAACGAAAACCUUUUACUCUUUUUUUUACUCACGAGCUUUUAGAGUUUUACUUUGCUGAUUAGGAUCACCAUGUCGGCCAUCAGCAGCCUUGUUCCUGCUCGGUUUCUCACCAUCACAGCUCAUCUUGUCAUUGUUAUCACCAUCUUUUGGUCAAGGGAAAAUAAUGUAAAAGCAUGUUUACCACUGGAUUUCACACCAGAGCAGUAUGAUACCGAAGACAAAAAGCUGGUGGUGGCGCUGGCAGUCACACUUGGUCUUUUUGUAAUCGAGCUGGCUGGCUUCUUUUCAGGAGUGUCUAUGUUCAACAGCACUCAGGGUCUCCUGUCAUUGGCUGUCCACUGCAGUGCAUCUGUGUCCUUGUCUUUCUUUGUGUUUGAGAAGUGGGAAUGCUGGACUUACUGGGUGAUUUUUGCAACCUGCAGUGUCCUACCAGCCUGUGUGGAAAUUCUUCUGUUCAUUGCGGUUUUUGGACUGAAGAAGAAGCCUCUAUGAAAGAGUUUUCCACGUAAAAGCACUCAGAUUUAGUCUGGACAUGAUUAUAGGAACAGAUUUAGAGUUUUAGUAUUGUAUUGAUCUGACAGAAGCUGAUAGUCAUGUUGAGAAACUGCUUGAAUGCGCUGCAGAAUCCUUCUGCCAUUUAUUUUUCUGUAAAUAUUUGUUUUAUAUUUAAAUAAACCCAUAAAUUAUCUGAAAA